AACACUUUUACUCUCAGAUGCAUAAAUAUCGAGAAAAAAUCGCCUUUUAUCACUUCUUUUAUGAGCUUAUUUAUUCAGACAUACUUUUUUAAAAUAAGAUAUAAAAUUGAUUUUAUAGCUUCAUUGUUUAAAGAAAACUUACAAAUUGCUUUUUUAGUUUAGCAAAAUGAAUCACAACAUAACAUUUGUCUUUUUCAUUUCGUUACUUGUAUCCACCACAAAUUCUUAUAAAAUUCUUGGUCUCUUUCCGUUACCCAUCAAGAGCCAUUUUAUAUUUUUUGAAGCAAUUUUGAAAGGGUUAGUUGAAAGGGGACACGAAGUUUAUGUGGUGAGUCAUUUCCCACAAAAGAAUCCUACAGCAAGGUUCGAUUUUAAUCCGAUUAAUUUUUUUAAUUAAUAUAUGUUUUUUUAAAGAUAUAAUGAUAUAAAUAUUUCCGGGAGUAUCCCUUAUGAUAUCUCAAACAUAUCAAUUUCUUACAAACUGUUUAGGAGUGUUUUUGGUAUGGCUUGGCACAUUUAUAAAACAUGUGGAAGUGAAAUAUGCGAAUAUUUAAUGAAAAAUCCCAAGAUAAUAGCUUUAAAAAAAAAUCCUUUAAAAUUUGAUGUGGUUAUUAGUGAAAUUUACGGCACGGAUUGUUUACUAGGAUUUGCCCAUCAUUUUAACGUACCAAUAAUUGGAGCUUCGAGUACAGAUCUUUUACCAUGGUCGGGGACAAGAAUGGGAAAUCCCGAUAAUCCGUCCCAUGUUUCAAAUUAUUUGGGGUUUAACAGCUUAAAAAUGAAUAUAUUCGAAAAAAUCUAUGCGGUCGGAUUAACAAUAGCAACAAAAAUAGGAUAUUUUUGUAUAUCUACAGUCGUUACUGAGAUGAGAUCACGCGAAUUUUUUGGCAAAACUUUUCCCCCAAUGGAAAAUUUAAUUUACAACACCUCUAUUUUGUUAUCAAACACUCAUUUCAGUUUUACUGAACCGAGACCAGUAGUGCCUGGAAUUAUAGAAGUCGGAGGUGCUCAUAUUAGGAAACCAAAACCAGUUUCUCAAGGAUUUUCCAUAAACCGCGAAAUUGAAGUUGUCUUAAUGGGAUCAGUUGGAAUUUAUUUUAGUUUAGGAUCAGUUAUAAACUCAAAAAGUUUACAGCAAAAAGAAAUUGAAAUAUUUGUGGACACAUUUUCCAAACUUCCUUACCAAAUAAUUUGGAGUGGGAUUUCAAAUAUCUCAGUACCAAAAUGGGUGAAUACCAAAAAUAUACAUUUAUUCGAAUGGGUUGAUCAACUGGACGUUCUUUGCCACCCAAAUAUAAAAGCAUUCAUCACUCAUGGUGGUCUCUUAAGUAUUCAAGAAACGAUUUAUUGUGGCAAACCAAUUUUAGGGAUUCCAAUAUUUCCCGAUCAACAACGAAACGUGGAAAGAAUCGUUCAAAACGGAGCGGGAAUUUUAAAAAAUAUUAACGAUUUAAAUCAAACGAUUUUAAUAAAAAAUUUAAACCAUUUAGUUCGGGACGAAAUGUUUCGAGAAAACGCCGAAAAACUGUCUAAUUUAUUUCAAGAUCGGCCGAUUCCGCCUUUAAAUCAAUCGACUUAUUGGAUCGAAUACGUUAUCAGACAUCGUGGAGCGGCGCAUAUUAAAUCAAAAGGAGUUGAAAUGACUUGGUUCGAAUACUAUUUAAUCGAUGUUUAUUUAUUAUUCUUAACCGCAUUUCUUAUAUUUUUCAAAUUUUGCCUCGUUUUACUGGAUGUAUUACAAAAUUAUUUUGAAAACCAAAAUUAUGAUAACAUCGAAAGAAACGAAUAGAUAUUAAUAUUUAUACACAAAAUCAAAUAUAGUAGCAAUUAUAAUAUAUGCAAUUAUUAUUAUAAAUUUAUAUAAAAAACUUAUGUUUGUUAUUUUCGCAAGUACUAUCUUCUAGUAAAGUUUAUCGAUUAAAAUCUAAACCAUCCCGUAUAUCAUCCAUAAUCUCAUCCAACUCUCCUUUAAUUUCUCUCUCUCUCUUACUUCUGACCUCCCCUUUCAUAUCUCUCACCUUAUAUCUGUGUCUAUUAUCGAUUGCAGCUCCGUCUAAGUUAUCGUCGCUACAUCUUAUUGUUAGAUCAUUACUCUAACCUCUCUCAUCACUUAUUACUUUUUUUUCUACUUAUUUAUGUGAAACAUAUUUUUCAGCUCUGGCAUUAAUAAAAACCAGUGUUGUUAAAUACCCGGGUAUUUAUUUUCAAGGGAAAAUUUCCUGGA